GUCAACACGUAAUCCGAAGUGUCAGCACCACGCGAUCAGCAUCUAAAAUUCAGUUUCCUAUUUCUAUUCCAAGUCCUACUUCUAUUUCAAUUAGGGUUUCUAAAAUCCUAUAAAUACCCAUCUAAAUUCAGAAUGAGAGGAGUUUUGGGGAGGCUUGUGGCAGCCCUCUUGGGCAUUCUUGGAGGUCAAAAUAGAGGAUUCAACAAUAGAAGAUCAAGGAGUUCGAUUUCCUCAAAUUGGGUUUUAUUCUUCCUUGUUCUUAACUAUGAUUGCAGCGUUGUGGAGCACGCCAAUAAGUUCCUUGAUGCCAUGGGGGCUCACGUCGGUGACAGAGACUUGUGUUUGCACGAGUUCUCAAAGUCUCUCUCUGAUAAAGCUUAUACAUGUGAAAAGCGCAUCACUAUCCUUGAUCUCCACAACACUCGCCAAUGCAUCGGUGAGGAUUUAAUGGCUUAUGUGAAGAGGUUUAGAGAUUUGACACUUGAUUGUUACGGUGGCCAUGCUGAGUCCUUCUUGGUGGAGAUUUGCAUCAAUAAUAUGUUCUCGGAGUAUCGCAUUGUGCUUGAAAACAUCAAGAUCAAUCAGUUUGCAAGGUUGCUCGAUGUUGCUAGGAGAACAGCCAUCUCUGUUAAAGCCAUCUCUACUGGGAAGUCUGCGGUGAAGUCCACAGAAAAGAAAACCACUGCUCAUACCUUGGCUGUCUCUAUCGGAGGAGAAUGUCUCAAUGCCGAAGCACAUGCUAUCCGUGCUUAUCUGGAGUUCUCUAACGCCAUCACAUUCACCGACGAAGAUAUGGAAGCGCCAUAUCCUGAUCACAAGAAGCCUUUUUACUUAUCUGCUCAGAUUAACUCUGUCAGUGUCAAAUGUGCACUUGUUGAUACUGGAUCUGCUCUCAACCUAAUACCGCUGAGCACCAUCACCAUCGUAAGAGUCCCCCAACGAAGGAUUGUUAGGUCUCCACUCAGCAUUGUUGGCUUCAGCAACAACAGUGAAGAUGCCCUUGGAUACAUUCAGCUUGAAUUAAAGGGUCGUCUACAUGGGAAGGUUUUCUGUAUCUCUACCAACCCGUUGCCAUUUGACCAGAUUGAGACCCACUUCGCUAAGGCUGCUUUUUCUGAUGAAUUUGCUCUUUCUGGUGAAGCGACCAUGUCUCACCCAAGUGGCACUAUCCUACUAGCAUGGAAUGACAUCAAAGAUAAUCCUGAUCUCGAUCUGCGAAGUAUCUUGGAACAUAAGAGGCAGAAGAAGGAGCAAAGCAGAAUGCCUCACCUCACUCUUGAGGCUAGAAAUAAAAUACUUAUCGAGCACUUGGAUUCUUCUGGUGAAGUUGAUCAUCUGAUACCACCAGAUGAGUUGCCAACCCUCCAUAAGGCUCAACUAGUGUUCACUUCUCUAGAGUCCCUCGAAGCUGUCGAUCUUGGAGAUGACUCAGCGAACCCUAGGCAAAAAUACAAGGAUGUUUUCACUUGGAAUUAUGAUGAGAUGUUGGGGCUUGAUCUAGCUUUGGUGGUGCACUCCUUGAAUGUUGAUCCUAAUAUGAAACCAAUUGUGCAGCCAAAUUGUGCCUUCCAUCUAGAAGUUACUCUGAAAAUCAAAGAAGAAAAUGAGUGGAUCAAGUGCUGUGUGGACUUUCGUGACCACAACAAGGCCUGUCCCAAGGACGAAUUCUCUAUCCCAGAUAUGGAUGUGCUAAUGGAUAAUAUGGCUGGUUGCGAAAUGCACUCCUUCAUGGAUGGCAGUAGCUGGUAUAACCAAAUCAGUAUGUGCCCUAGCGAUGCAGAGAAAACUGCUUUUUGCACUCCUAUUGGCAAUUUUUACCAUGUCGUUAUGCCAUUUGGAUUUAAAAAUGCUGGGUCGACUUAUCAAAGAGUCAUGGUGGCAAUCUUUCAUGAUUUCAACCACGUAUAUAUUGAAAUCUACAUUAAUGAUUUUGUGGUGAAGUCUAAAACAAGAUUGGGCCACUUUGAUGUAUUGAGAAAAGUCGUUGAGAAAUGCCGCUUGUACAAGCUAAAAAUGAACCCAGUGAAGUGUGCAUUCGAUGUCUCCGUAGGAAAAUUUAUGGGCUUCCUUAUGAGCAAACACGGAAUUCUAUCCGCAUUUAGCCCUUUGUUGAAGAAAGGGUCUGCUUUCACAUGGACAGUAGAGCAGCAACGUGCUUUCUCACAUCUACAGGAUCUCAUGCUUAGACUACCAACCAUAUCUGUCCCUAUCCGAGGUAAACCACUUAAAGUCUAUUUGUCUACUAUUGACAAGGUUGUAAGUGCACUAGUUGCCCAAGACGACCAAGAAGGCAAGGAGCAGCCAGUCUACUAUGUCAGUAGAAACCUUAAAGGCGUCGAAUACAACCUAUCACUAAGUCUUAGCCCAUUCAUCAAUCCCACUACCAUAAAGGGGCAAGCUGUUGUAGAUUUGCUGUCUGAGUUCUUUGGCGAAGUCCAGUAUCCUAUUUUUGAUGAAGUCCCAAGUGGUGAGAUUGCUAUUGCACAGGAAAUUGAGGAAGAAUGGACAUUGUGCUUUGAUGGCUUUUCUACGGCUAAAAAGGCUGGGGCUGGCGUUGUCCUCAGAGAUGAAAAACAUCAUGAUGUGGUAUUCUCAUUCAAGCUUGAUUUUCAAUGCACAAACAACACCACAGAGUACGAAGCUUAUCUUAUUGGCCUCGCUUUGGCUAAAGAGGCUGGUGUGCAGCACUUGAAAGUCAUUGGUGAUUUUGGUUUGAUCCUUGGACAAGUUCAAGGUGCCUUUGCUGUCCAAGAAGAACAUCUCGCGCCUGAUCAUACUUUCAGCCAAUACUUGGAGCAGUCCUUCGCUAGCAUAAGAUAUGGUGGAAUCUUGGCUAGGUGUGUCAGCGACAAGGAGGCAUAUCGUAAGCGUAGGGAGAUUCAUGAUCGCACAUGUGGCCACGACAAUCAUAUAAGCCUCUAUCGCCAUAUCCAACGAGCAGGGUAUUAUUGGCCAGACAUAGCUCGGCAAUCCACUAAAUUCCAACAGCAAUGUAUAUCCUGUCAAUAGACUUAUUAUCAAAACAAAGAAUGCUUCUCCAUUAACGGUGUCCAAGAUUGGCACCACCUUUACAUGGAGUACUUCACUGAGGGAAUAUGGAUUCUAGGUAAAGAACUAAAAAUAAAUUUUUACCUUUUAU